AUGAACGCUGCAGCAGCAGAAGGCUCCAAGGCCGCUCCUCCCAAGUUCAAGCAGAAGGAGACCAGGCAGUUCAAGAGCAAGGCUCCUAAAGCUGGACAGAAGGGGUUUGACAAUGAUGUACCAGGGAUGGAUGGUCUUGGAGACUCUGCAGUGGUCUGCCCCUGGGAGGCGUUCGGUGACAUGGAGCUGAGUGACCUGGCCCAGUUUGGCAUCGUUUAGACCUCAUGCCAAAUGGAAACAGUUUAUUCCUGGUGGCUGCAUUCCAGCAGUUUUGUUGCUC